CAAAAACAUAAUUUUUAUGCACAAUUUCACCAGUACCUAUCAAGCAUCUAAUGCGUAAAAGAAGACUAAAAAAGCUACGAUCAUGAGAUUUGAUGUGUCAUGCGCAGCGGUAAUUUUCAUCUCGGGAGUCAUGAUGAAACUUUUUGUGACAUCAGAUUCGAACCAAUCACAAUCAUCAUUAGACGAACAAGACCUGGUGAGUGAUUACACGGUCACAGAUGAAUCCAAACCGCUGCCAAACUUCCAUCAACUUACAAAUCUAUCGCCAGAAAACCCAAACACAGCAGUAUCUCCCUCGAUGGUUUCGACACCACAAAACGUCUCUGAUUCAUCAGACAAUCAUCAGCAAGUUUUUGAAACACAACAAAACUACUUUCUUGAUCGAGCCCAAAACAAUGAAGAGAACCAAAAAUGUAUUCCCUUGCGUCCGACUGUUGUAAUAACCAUCUUGCCAAAAAUUUUAUCGUUCGAUAUAUUCUCGCAAGCCGAUCCUGCCCAUUAUCUUCUGCUCAAAUCGAUAAAAUUAUCGGAUAAAGAAGCUCGAUCACUUAGAUACGAAGUGAAUUUAGCUUUGAGCGAUAAACUGCUUCCCCAGUGCUACAUUCCAUUCGCUAAUUUACUAUCAUCGUUCCUGAAAUGUUGGAUGUUUCUUUUGAACGCAAAAUAUUACAUCGUUCACAUUCGAGAUAAACGAAUCGAAAAUUUCAAUCGUUACAAUUCUUUGCCCAUUGAAAUUUCUUCGUCACCCGAAUUAUCUGAACUGUUCUCUUCCGACGUUUUUUCCGACCCUAAACCACCUUUGCGCCUUUUGAAUAAAAUAUUCAAAAUGUCUGAAAAUGCACUUAUAAAUGCAAAGAACCACUUGCAAGAUUUCCUAACAAAGUGGGUUGGGACAUUUAAAACUACGUUCGUUCCGGCUUAUGUCAACUAUGCUAAUGCUGUGUAUCCAGUUUUCCAUGAUGAAUUGGUAUUGAAGGAGUUUAAACAGGAUUUGGGUGAAAUUCAACGAAAAUCGAAUUCUGGUUAGGAUUUUAUGUAUGCAACAUUUCGACGAGUAACGCAUCUCAUUCGUUUUGUUACUUCAAACAAAUAAAUGGUAUCAUCUUCUAGAGAA